GUUUCCUGCCAGAGAGCCACUCGGCGACGACCAGCAUUUCUCAAACUAGUAACUUGCGUAAUCCCUUACGCAUCAGAGUCAAGGUCAACACCGGCGUGGGGGCAGUGUGGGGCGCUGGAUAGAGCGGCUUUCUGAAGCAGACCUGGGCUUGCAUCCCUGCACCGUCACGUCACGCUGACCUUACACAAGGUUGACAUGAUGGAAGACAUUUAUGUGGCAAACACCAUCUUUGCCAUCAAUUUCUUCAAGCAGCUGGCAAGCACGAGCCCCACCCAGAACCUCUUCUUCUCCCCGUGGGGCAUCUCAUCCACCAUGGUCAUGGUCUACAUGGGGGCCAGAGGCAACACCUCAGAGCAGAUGGCCAGGGUGCUUCAGUUCAGCAACAUCGGAGUCGGGGCAGUCACCGCAGUGAGCCCAGAGAACGUCACCGGUUGCCCAUUCAUGCAGCAGAUCCAGAGAGCCACUUAUCCUGACGCUAUUUUGAAGGCACAGGCUGAAGACACAAUCCUCUCCGGCUUCAGCACGCUCAUCUCUGCCAUCAACACAUCCACAGAGGGUUACGUAUUGGAAAGUGUCAAUAAGCUGUUUGGAGAGAAGUCUGCGAGAUUCAGGAAAGAAUACAUGCAGCUCUCGAAGAAAUAUUACUCUGCAGAACCCCAGGAGGUUGACUUCCUAGAAUGUGCUGAAGGAGCCAGAAAAAAGAUUAAUUUCUGGGUCGAGACAGAAACCAAAGGUAAAAUUUCAAACUUGUUACCCGAAGGUUCCGUAGACUCAGAGACCAGGAUGGUCCUGGUGAAUGCCGUCUACUUCAAAGGAAAAUGGAAAACUGCCUUUGAGAAGAAAUUAAAUGGGCUUUAUCCUUUCCGCGUGAACUCGACUCAACAGAAGCCCGUACAGAUGAUGUACUUGCGUGAGAUGCUGAACAUUGGAUACAUAGAAGACCUAAAGACUCAGAUCCUAGAACUCCCUUACGCUGGAGACGUCAGCAUGUUCCUGCUGCUUCCAGAUGAAAUUGCGAAUGUGUCCACUGGCCUGGAGUUGCUGGAACGUGAAAUAACGUACGACAAACUCAACACGUGGAUCAGCACGGACAGGAUGGCCGAGGAUGACGUUGAGGUGUACCUCCCGAAGUUCAAAUUAGAAGAGCAGUACGAACUCAAACCCAUUCUCAGGAGCAUGGGCAUGAACGAUGCCUUCGUCAAGGGCCAGGCCAAUUUCUUAGGAAUGUCAGAAGAGGAUGACCUGUUUCUGUCCGAAGUGUUUCAUCAAGCCACCGUGGAUGUCAACGAGGAGGGCACCGAAGCUACUGCUGGCACCGGGGCCAUCAUGACAGGGAGAACCGGCCACGGGGGCCCGCAGUUUGUGGUAGAUCACCCUUUCCUCUUCUUUAUAAUGCACAAACCCACCAGGACCAUCCUCUUCUUUGGCAGAUUCACCUCCCCGUAAAGUUGGGAGGUUCUGUUUCUGCACAGGAUUUUGUAGUAGGAACUAUCAGCCUCAGAAUUGCUCUUAGCAGCAACGACUUAGGGACUUUUUCUAUGUAUUCUGUCUUCCUGAACAACCUACACCAUGCACUAAAUAUCAACACAGAAAAACCCAGACAACUGUCAAUCCUAACAUUACAACCCUAUUCAUGAUCUGGUCUCCUAAAAUGGAACUUGUAUUAUUUAGUACUCCCUCUUAAGUUUAUUUUAUAGCACUAAGUACUAUUGUAUUAUUUAUUAUUUUGUAUAAUUUUGUAUUAUUGGUAGCAGUCUAUUUAAUGUAGCUGACAGGUGACUGAGAGAGACAGGUGAUUGGUUAUGUUUCUUUCUAAGGAGGUGCAUUUAUCUGUUUUAAUGAGGAAGGAUGAGUAGGUGUUUUUCUAUCCCCUUCUCAGAUAAACACCCAGAAGAAAACAGUGAACAGUAAGCAAAUACAUAUUAUGUAACUUUAUAACAUUAUGCAUCACACAGAUGGAUCUGUAACUGAUGGGAAACUGCAAAUAUAUAAUAAAUAAACAUGUUUCCAUACAA